AAUUGAAGAUAAUUUUUUUUUUCAAGCUAUGUCACAAAGUUGGUGUACCAACGAAAUGGAAUAUUGUCGAUGUCUAUGGUUUGGAACCAGAUUUAUUGGCGAUUUUAACAGAACCAGUUCUUGCCAUGAUUUUAUUAUAUCCACUUUCCGAAACGGAAGAAAAUCGUGAAAUGAUAGAAGAGAGUGAAACAAAAGAAAAUGCGCCUAUUUCUUCGGAUGUUUAUUUUUUAAAACAAUUUAUUUCUAAUGCAUGUGGAACAAUUGCAUUAAUUCACAGUUUAGCCAAUAAUGUUGAAGAGCUCAAAUUGGAAGACGGAUUUUUAAAAUCGUUUCUAGAGGAAACUAAAAAUUUAUCACCACUUGAACGCGGGGAACGUUUAAUGAUCGCUGGCGAUAUUGCCGAUACUCACAAAGAAUUAGCACAAGAGGGUCAAACUGAGGCUCCUAAUGAAAAUACAAGGGUUUAUCAUCACUUUGUGGCAUUUAUAGAAAAAGAUGGUCACAUUUAUGAAUUGGACGGACGGAGAGAUGGUCCAAUUAAUCAUGGGGUUUCUAGUCCCUCUACAUUUUUGGAAGACGCCGCUCGUGUUUGCAAAGAAUAUAUGAAACGAAAUCCAGAUGAAAUGGGUUUCACAGUUGUUGCACUUACACCAGCUUAAAAAGUUAACAAAAGAAAAAAAAAAAAAAAAAAAGAA